UUUUGUUGAUUUUGAGAAUUUUAUUUAUAUUAUUUGACGUGAUUUUAAUUUUGUUAGGAAAAAUAUAGUUUGUAAAUAAAAGAAUAUACAAGCUUAAAUAUAGAUAAAGUUAAUUCUUUAGAUAUUUAUUUUAAUACGUGCUAAUUUCUCAAUUAACUCAACAUGAGGCUUGAAUGGUUCAGACAAAAAAUAAUAAUUUGUCUAGUUAGAUUCUCAACACAUACAGAAGGCUACAUAUGAAUAAAUAAAUGAUUGUGUUAAAUCACAUGGCUGUGUGUACAUAGCCUUCCAUCAUAAAAAGCAGAAAAAGCCAUAUAAAAUAUACUAAUUUGAAGCAAAUAUCCUGUUUUUUUAUAUGUACACUGCAAAAGCAACAGAAGAUUUGUGUGAAAAAUCGAUGUAAUUUGUUCAGAAGCCAUGGAGAUUGACUGAAAAAUUAAAAAUAAAAAUAAAAAUACAAAAAUCGAAAUGAUUACAUUGAAUUAAUGGGGCUUCACUGAGCUUAUUGCUUUUAUAAAACGGUUAGGUACCACACAAUACAAAUAUUAAAGCCAAAAAAAAGUAAAAUAAUUAAAAGCGCCUCUCCUUCCGCUGGAAAAACUAGUCCCUGACCGUGACCAACAAAAGAAGUUACAUUAUUACGCCAUUAGAUGGCGGCAGAGUACUUAUUUUAUGAGCAUAGACAUAUAUCUAUGCUUUAUGAGUAAGUAAAGUCAGUAUAGUGAAAUCUUUUACAUUGAAAGGACUGAAACUUUUGAACACGGAACAAGACGCAACUGACAAAUGCUUUGACUAGCACUGUCAGUAUCAGGGCGCGAGGAAACCCAUUACGUUAACUGUUAAAAGACAAGAUAUCGCAGCGAACAUUCAAAUGGAUUUUUUAUUACGAACGGACUGACCUGAAGGAGACCGCUAUGUGCAGGUUUUUCAAAGUAAGGAAUGCUGGUAUAUCCUCAUUUAUACACAAACACACCCACCUGUCAGCAGUCAUAAGUAGCCGAGCUCUGAGAAACCAGCGUCUGUCUGCCUCUCCUCCCUCUGCACCACAUCUCUCCAUCUCUCCGUCUGUCUGGCCAUGAGCGCUACAAAUAAUGACUUCAGCAGCCGCUCAGUGGGCUCAAGCCCCCGCGCCGGUGCACAAAUACCCCGUCAGGGUAACUCGUAUUUCGGGUUUGGGAACGUGUCAGAGGUUGGGGACCCCAUCAAGCCUGUGUCCGUCAACACGAGCCUUCUGACCCCCGUGGAUCUUCAGCUGGACCCUGACCUGCAGGCUGUGCGGAUCCAGGAGAAAGAACAGAUCAAAACUCUCAACAACCGCUUUGCCACCUUCAUCGACAAAGUUCGUAAACUGGAGCAGGAGAACAAGCUUUUGGAGACUAAAUGGGAGCUGCUGCAGAAAGAGUCUAAACCCGAGUCUAAACUGGAGCCCAUGCUGAAGUCCUACAUCAGUUCCCUGCAGGCAAAGCUGGAGCGGGUGAAGAAAGACAAAGAACACCUGGACACCGAGCUCAGGAAUGUCCACACACAGGUUGAGGAACAAAAACAAAGGUAUGAAGAUGAGAUUAACAACAGAAACAAAGCUGAAAAUGACUUUGUUCUUCUAAAGAAGGAUGUGGACUUAACAUACUUGCGUAAAAAUGCACUGGAAGAUGAAAUAGCAGCAGUUCUGGAUGAACUGAACUUUUUCAAGUGCUACUAUGAACAGGAGCUGCAUGAGAUGCAGGCUGAUGUGAAGGACACGUCUGUGGUGGUGCAGAUGGACAAUAGCAGGCAGCUGAACAUGGAGAAGAUCAUCGCUAAUGUGAAGAGCCAGUAUGAGGAGAUUUCAGCCUGCAACCGAAAGGAAGCCGAGGCCUGGUAUAAGAACAAGUUUGACAUGAUCUCAUCACAGGCUGACCAGUGCAACACUGAGCUGAAAAACAAUACAAGUGCAAUAGCUGAUUUGAAAAGGCAGAUAAUGCGACUGCAAAAUGACAUAAGCUCAGCUAAAUCACAGCGUGAGAGCAUGGAGGAGCAAAUCAAAGAGGCGGAGCGUUGUGGGGAGGAGGCGGUGCUUGACGCCAAAGAACAAAUCAAAUCACUGGAGGACGCACUGAAGAAAGCCAAACAGGACAUGGCCAGACAUCUUCGUGAUUACCAGGAGCUGAUGAAUGUCAAACUGGCUCUGGAUAUUGAGAUCGCCACCUACAAGAAACUACUGGAAGGAGAAGAGAACAGGCUUGGGCUGUAAUCCAACAUAAACAUCCAUCCAGUCCAUAAACACUAAUGAACAGCAAGAAUCCAUCUGUCCACACAUUCACAUCACGUGUCAAUCAAUCAACCCCUGCUUGUCAUUGCUGAGUGAAGACUGCAAGAGUGAGCGAAUGACAAAAAGAAGAAAAUAAAUAAUAUUUACAUUUCCAUAGUUCAUGAUUUUCUUAACAAGUUGCUUUUCUCUUCCUAUAAACACACAGAAAUAAAAUUAUUCUAUUAAAAUCAUUUUUUUGGCA